AAGCUUCUUUGCAUGGUGGAUCUUACAAAGGACUUCUUCUUCAGCUAUUCAUACAACAUAAUGCGCAGUCUGCAGAGGAACUUAUGUGAUAUGGAGUCUGGGGGCAUUCUUUAUGAAACAAUGUUUGUAUGGAAUGAAUUCCUUACACGCGGAAUUCGCAGUCAACUAAAAAGUACAAUAUGGUCGGUUGCACUGGUGUAUGGAUUUUUUAAACAGGUUAAACUAUCGCUGCCCGGAAAAGAUUUUAUGUUCACGUUGAUUGCCAGGCGCUCUCGUCAUUAUGCUGGAACAAGGUACUUAAAGCGUGGCGUCAAUGCAAAAGGCAGAGUUGCAAAUGAAGUUGAAACUGAGCAGAUUUUAUUUGGUGUAAAUGCCAGAGAUGAGCCAACACAGAUAAGUUCUGUUGUGCAGAUUAGAGGAUCCAUUCCACUUUUUUGGUCACAAGAUAGUUCAUGGCUAAACAUGAAGCCAGAUAUCAUAUUGCAGAAAGAUCAAAAAUAUGAAGCAACACGACUUCAUUUUGAUAAUCUUGUCAAGAGAUAUGGAAAUCCUAUUAUUAUUUUCAACCUAAUCAAGACAUACGAAAAGCGGCCUCGGGAAUUUAUUCUCCGCUCAGAAUUUGCAAAAGCUAUUGAUUUUAUUAAUAAAGACCUCCCUGUAGAAAAACAUUUGAGGUUUUUGCAUUGGGAUCUUAGCGAACAUUCUCAGAGAGCUACGAACAUUCUUGAGUUAUUGGUGAAACUUGGAUCUGAUGCAUUAAGUUUGACAGGCUUUUUCCAUUGCCAACUUCCCUCUUCUUUAAAACUGUCUGAUUCCAUGAGCUCUUCUUUCCUCAUGAGUGAACAUGACAGCAAUCUACUGAUCAAUAAAGAUAACAAGGGGAAAACUACUUUCUCUAGGAAAGAGACAACUGACAGCAUUGUGGAUCUAGCUUGCUCUUUUGAAAGACAAACUAUGCUUCAAAAGGGCGUUCUUCGUACAAAUUGCAUCGAUUGUUUGGACCGAACGAAUGUUGCUCAGUUUGCAUAUGGUUUUGCUGCCCUUUGUCAGCAGCUGCAUCUCAUGAGAUUUAUAGAUGUUCCUGUUGUUGGCAUGGACUCUCAUUUGUUUGACGAUGUGAUGGAUUCAUAUGAGAAGAUGGGUGACACACUUGCUUUACAAUAUGGUGGUUCUGCUGCUCAUAACAAGAUUUUUUGUGAUAAAAGAGGUCAAUGGAAGGCAGCUACACAGUCUCAGGAAUUUUUUAGGACUGUUCAACGAUACUACAGCAACACGUAUACCGAUCCACUCAAACAAGAUGCCAUAAACGUAUUCUUAGGGUACUUCCAGCCACAAAAGGAUAAAGCGGCACUAUGGGAGCUUGAUUCUGAUCAGCAUUACAGUAUUAGGAGGCACGGCCCUUCCUUUGUUGAUGAAAAAGCCAGGUCGUUCAAAAGAUCCCGGUCGGAGGGUAAUUUAUGUGAGAGCACAGAUGAUUCCAGCCCAAUUUCAGGAAAGGGAAAUUCUCAAAAGGUUCAUUCCCCAGUAAAUGCCAAGGAGAGUCUUUUUGGGUUCACGCCAGAGAUUCCUACUUGUGCAAGGGAUACAUCAUAUUCCAGGCCACAAUUUGCCGACAGCGAACAUGGUUGUUUUCAUCAACUUAGAUUCGAUGAGUCGAGCUCUUCAAAUUUCCUUGAUCUUGACCGCAUUUCAUCUUCAGGAAAUUCAUGGGCAGAGGAAUUCUAUGAAAGCACAUGCAGGUCAUCAAGUGAAAAUGUCAUUACUGAUACAAUUGUUGAAACAACAUCUAACUGUAACUGGGAAGGAUCCAGUGAUCUGGGUGAUGUGCAGAAUUCUGAUGUUAGUGAAUUCUCUGAGAGAUUUGUGCAUUGGGUUGAUCACGGUGGAGCUCUAUGUUUUUGAAAUAAGUUUCUGAUUGUCAAUAUGCGGCCAGAAAAAAACAAAUACAUCAAUAUAACAUUUCAGAAGUAGCUGAACAAAAAUGUGGAAAUUGUGUUGAUUUUCUAUUUGUAUAUAUUCACAAAUGGAUUUUUUUAUUUAUUGUUAUUAUUUUUUUG